CUUUUCUGCAUUUCUUCAAGAGGUUGUUUUCACGGCUUAAACCUUGGAAUCUUCUAACCACACAUCGACAACUUUUACUUUUGUACCAAAUCUUUCCUUCCUAUAAAAUCUUUUUCCGUGGUGUCCUGUAUCACAAAAAUAAAAACAAUAAAGUUUUGCAAUAUAUCUUGAGAUUAUAGUUGCCUAUUAAAUAUUUAGAUAAAAGCAGUUUGGAAGAUUUAGAAUCUGGUGCCGAUCAAAGGAUAAACUUGGUGGAUACCAAAUGUGAAGAUUCUUGCCAGAAAUGCUGGUAGCAUGCAAAACUUUUGAGCUAUUUUCUUUUCUUUUCCCAAUAAGAAUAAAAUAUGGUUUCUUAGACUAAUAUAAGCUUUUAUCUUGUGUCUCAUCUAUAUCUGGAUUGAACCAGAUAGAGAGAAAGAGAAAGAGUUGGUUAGAGAUAAGAGAGAGAUGAGAGGAAUGAAAGGUGAAAUUGUGCUCAACAUCCCUGCAGAAAAAGCAUGGGAAAUGUACAGGGAUAAUGAUAAAAUCAGCAGGGUAAAUCCACAAAUGCUUUCUAAGGCUGAAUAUAUUCAAGGAGAAGGAGAACCUGGCACUCUCAGGCGUCUCCAGCUUGGCCCGGCAUUGAGCAGCUAUGUCAAACAGUCAGUAGAAAAGAUAGAGAAAGUGGAAGAGGGGAGAUCAGUGACAUACCAAGUCACUGAUGGUGAUCUGAGGAAAAUGUACAAUCCAUACAGAGUUACCUUCUCAUUCAUCCCUGUAAGAGGCAGCAAUAAGCAAUGUGUAGCAGAAUGGAAAGCAGAGUAUGAGCCUAUUACACCUACAAUUCCUGCACCAGAACAAGCAAGAGAUGCUGCACUAUCAUUUCUCAAGUUAUUUGAAAAAACAGAAAUCCAUGCUCUAUAAAAUAAGGCAGGUAUUAUGUAUGUGAUGUAAGAAUAAAGAGGUCAUUAUGUUGCCUAAUGAACAGAGGCGAAUAUAGGAUUUGAAGUUCAAGAACUUGAGGUCAUUAUGUUACCUAAUGAACAAAGGCGAAUACAGAAUUUAAAGUUUAACAACUUGUUUGGAUGGUGGUAUCGUAUUGUUACAUUAAAUACAAUAUUUCGAUUGUUACUUACAUGUAGAGCCAUGCUCUGUAAAACAAAACAAGUAAUAUGUUUUGUAAGAAUAAAGAGGUGAUUCUGUUA